UCGAUCGUGUUCACCAAAACAGUGUUUGCGCAUAGGCGCUUGAAUGUAUAACAUUCAAAAUUUCGCCUUUUAAUCUUGUUACUGAAUUUUUUAAAAAAUGCAUCUGCGGGAUGGUCCGUCGUGCGCGGGGGAGCCUUUUAGAUCAGUCCACGAGUCCGUUCGGAGAUACCAUGGCGAUUUGGUAACAACGGGGAGCCCUACCAUCAUGUGCAGCUCAUUACCGUCUCACUGGAGAUCAAACAAGUCGCUUCCGGUAGCAUUCAAGGUCAUAGCUCUCGACGAAGUCGCGGACGGCACCCAAGUCACCAUUAAGGCUGGCAACGAUGAAAACUGUUGCGGCGAACUAAGGAAUUGUACGGCGAUCAUGAAGGGUCAGGUCGCCAAGUUCAACGAUCUCAGAUUCGUCGGUCGCAGUGGAAGAGGAAAAUCAUUUACUCUAACGAUCCAGAUCAAUACAAUACCGUUCCAAGUAGCCACGUACGCCAAAGCUAUCAAGGUUACAGUAGAUGGACCACGCGAACCAAGGUCCAAGUCGAAUUAUCAGUAUAGCGCCGGUUUUCAUGGACUUGGUUUAUUCAGUCCCUGGCUGGACAGUACAUACUUCGGAACAACUUGGAGCUUGCCGCAUCAUAUGUUUAAAGGACCAUCAACCCCCGAAAUACUCAAUACGUCCAUCGCGCCAAUGUUAACAUCGUAUCCAGUAGUAGACUAUAUCACUAGUUAUCACGAUUACAUGACAUUGCCGAUAACCAAUGUGACGACGAACGCGAUAUCGCCGGCCUUGCUUACGACGACUCUACACAGAGCAUCGCCCAGAACAUCACCCAGAACGUCGCCCAGAAUGUCGCCCAGGAUGUCGCCCAAAACAUCUCCUAAAACGUCUCCGAAAACGUCGCCCAGAACGUCACCCAGAACGUCGCCCAGCCCCAGCGAAUCUGGUAGUGGCGAGUCCGCGAUAGAAGAGGUACGAAGUGCCUUCGUGCCUCUUCGACACAACACCUUGCCACCGAUUACAUCCUCGACGUCAUCGUCCCCAGACAGAAAUCCUAGAAAGCCAAUCGAGGGCAUGAGAAACGAAUUGAAGGCACCCACCGCGCUCAUCUCCGAUAAGUAUUCGCCCUCACACAGGAGUCCACCGCCGACGAAAAUCUCACAGCCGUCUACGAAAGUUUGGAGGCCAUAUUCGAAAUCGUAGAUCCAAGUAGCGCA